AAGGACCAAUACCUGCCUCUAUAUCUAAUUUUCAAGAGCUUGCAUAUCUUCGUCUUUCUUCAAACCAUUUCAAUUCGUUUCCUUCCAAUGGUCAUCCUUGUCAAUUUGAAGAGUUGUAUUUGGCUUUUAACAAUUUGAGAGCAGUCCCAGAUAUCUUGAGAUAUCAAACCAGCAUAAGAAGAUUGGACCUUUCAGGUAACCAGAUUCAAAAAGUACCCAAUUGGUUUUGGAGCCUCCAUUUGCUCGAUUACCUAAAUCUUUCUUCCAACUACUUGGUAACUCUAGCAGUUCCUUUUAACUAUACAAAGGAAUUCUCCACACUUGACCUUCAUUCUAACCAACUCAAGGGGUCCAUCCCACUAUUGCAUGCCAAUUAUCUGGAUUACUCAAGCAAUCAUUUCACUUCUAUACCGACUAACAUUGGUGAUUUCCUCAAUCCCUCCACUAAGUUCUUAUCUAUUUCGAGCAAUGAUUUGCAUGGGCUCAUUCCAUCAUCAAUAUGCAAUGUAAUUCCUUUGGUAAUUCUUGAUUUGUCCAUUAUUUCUCUGAGUGGUACGAUUCCCCAAUGCUUGUCUGCUAUGAGCCACCUUGAAGUGCUUAACUUGAGGCGAAACAAUCUUACUGGAAGUAUUUCUGAUUUCAAAUUUUUUGAAGAUUGUGACUUGGUGUCUCUAGAACUCAAUCAGAAUCAAUUACAUGGUCAAUUUCCAAAGUCUCUAGCCAAAUGCAGUAACUUACAGGUUGUAAACCUCGGAAACAACUAGAUAACAGAUACCUUUACAUGCUUGUUGAGGAACAUCCCACCUUGCGUGUCCUUAGUUUGCGGUCCAACAAACUUUAUGGACGCAUUGGAUGUCCCGACGAGAGCUAUGGAACGUGGCCAGUGCUACAAAUCAUAGACGUAGCUCACAACAAUUUUCAUGGAGAAAUACCAGGAAGGUAUUUGAAAACCUGGCAGGCAAUGAUAAAUAACGAAGGUGAUGACCCGUCAGCAGUCCACGAGCUUUAUUCUGAAGAUAGUAGUUUGAAUGGUUAUCAUCAGACAAUAACAGUCAUAAGGAAAGGUUUUGAAGUCGAACUGGUAAAGAUUCUAACUAUCUUCACCACCAUUGACUUCUCUUGCAACAAUUUUAGCGGACCAAUUCCUAAGGAAAUGGGAGAAUUCAAAUCACUAUAUUUCCUCAACUUGUCAAGUAAUGCUUUUACUGGUGAAAUCCCAUCGUCAUUUGGCAAAAUGAGACAACUCGAGACCUUAGACCUGUCGCAAAACAAGCUGAGGGGGAAUAUUCCAUUGCAGUUGGCAAACCUUACUUUCCUUUCAUUCUUGAACCUCUCAAAUAAUCAAUUGGUUGGCAGGAUCCCAACCGGUCCUCAGUUUUCAACAUUUACAAGUGCAUCAUUUACAGGUAACAAAGGAUUAUGGGGGCCUCCUUUAACAGUAGAUAGCUUGUCACCACCACCAACAUUGACUGGGAGUGUUCCGAGUUCUGGAAAUGAGAUUGAUUGGGGUCUUAUCAAUGUUGAAAUUGGAUUUGUAUAUGGCUUUGGAGUUGCAGUCGGGUCACUUGUAUUAUGCAAGAGAUGGAGUAAAUGGUAUUACAAAACAAUGUAUAAAAUCUUUGUAAAGAUAUUCCCUCAUCUUGAAGAUAGAAUUGGUCCUCACCGAAGACAUGUCCACAUAAAUCAAAGGUUGGGACGCUGAAAUUAACGAUCAUGGCGACCAAUGCAGCUGGAUUUCAAGCUAUGCCUGGGAAAUUUGAGAUCCAACAAAUAAGAAGUUUGCUUUUUGGUUUUACCUUAUAAUUUAUGUAUGUUCUAGUUAUAUUUGUAAUAGUUUAUUGUGUAUCUUUAUGCUUUGUUUUCAAUAAAUUUGCUUGUACUGUCGAUGUUCCUAAAGUUAGCGUAAUCUGAUAAGCCCAAA